AUGACCAUCGCCGGCAACCUCCAACCAGCCUUUCUUGGGGUUUCCAAAGGGAGCAGCUCUGCAGAGACUUUCGCAGCUCCCAGUGUCUCCCCUGGUCGCUGGCACCCUCAGCUGUGUCAUGGGGAUAUGAGUCUUAGAGGAGUCAGAAUGAAACACCAGAUGCCUGGAAUUUUGAUCAUGUUGCGACGCAGUGGCUCUCGAAGUCGCCGUCCACAGUUCACAAGGAAGGGCCCUCUGUCUCCAAGGCCAAGUCGCUACCAAGCCCAUCGCCAAGUCCGGCCCAGGGAGCUGGUGGGCCCUGAACGCCGUGGCCCCCGAGGGCAAGCCGUCGGGACCGGACCCGUAGGUGGGCCCUCGCCCAACGCCCCGCGUGCAGCUCCCACCCACCGGGGAGGGGCCGCGGCGGAGUCGGCACCUGCCCGGGCUCGGGGCUCGGGCCGGCGGGGGCGGGGAGCGGCGUGGGCCUCGGGCCUGGGCGCUCCGCAGCUGCGCCACGCGCCGCCCUCCCGGGUGGGCCUCGCGGGCGUUGGGUGGGGGCGCGGGCUCCCCGGGCGCGGCUCCGCACACCUGCCCGCACGCGAGGCUUCAUUAGGCGGCACGCCUGCAGCCCGGCGGCCGCGUGCGGGAGUCCAAGCCAUGGAGCCCGGCCUGGAGCGCGGCCCGGAGCCGCGGGGUGAGUGCGCGGGGGGCCUGGGGCGGACUCAGGCGACUCUAGAGCCCGGGCAGGCCGGGGCGGGGGGCUGGAGGGGAGCUGAGGGGGGUUCGACGGGGCAUCCAGCCUUGCGGCUUCACGCCCUGGAGGCCUGCAAACCCUCUUCACCAGCUGGAAGCAGCAGGUCCUCCUGGUCCGGGCUAAGGUGGGGGGGGUGCUGGCUCUCCACAGGCCAGGAGGGUGGAGGCAAGUCCCUGGCUGCCAGGCUGGAGGAGGAGGAGGAACCCCUGCAGAGCUCAGCCCCCCACACUCAGGAAGCCCCAAGCGAGGAUGUGCCCCUCUCCUGUGCUGUUGUCGGGGAGAAGCAGCCGUCAGAGGCACCUGGAGAAGGAGCUGGGGCUGGUGCUGGGAGAGCCUGCCAGCGCCCAGGCUCCGAGGCUCUCCACAAAGACAGAACCCUGGCCCUGCCUAGACCCCAGCCUCAGGGGGAAGGGCAACCCCUCCCAGUGAGGGAGGGGAAGCCAGGGAAGAGAUCCUGCUCUCCUAUCCCUGGUAAGCAGAAAAAGCCUGUGGGUCUGGCCUCCGCGGCAUCUCCCAGUGUCGCUAACCCGGCUCGGGCCACGUACAACCCAGUGCCUUGUGGGUCAGGCCGGGGGUCCUGCCAUCUGGCCAACCUCCUCAGCACAUUAGCCCAGAACAACCAAAACCCAGACCAGAAGAAGAGGUCCCUGGAAGUGACCUGCCAAGGCCAGAAAAAGAAGCGAACCCUAUACCGCUCAGACCAGCUGGAGGAGCUAGAAAGGGUCUUCCAAGAAGACCACUAUCCGGACAGCGAUAAACGCCGGGAGAUCGCCCAGACGGUGGGGGUCACGCCCCAGCGCAUCAUGGUGUGGUUCCAGAAUCGCCGGGCAAAGUGGCGAAAAGUGGAGAAAAUGCAUGGGAAGGAGAGCAAGGACACUCCUGCCAGCCCUGCCCCCGCCCCCGCCAGCAACCAGGGCAGCUCUGCAGCUGAGCUGCCACCUGCUGUGCCUGUAGACCCCGAGCCUGGGACCUUCCCUCAGGACCCCCCUCUGGAUCCCCUUCCAGAGCCCGCCAUGCUGCUGACAUCCGACCAGACUCUGGCACCAGCCCAACAGAGUGAGGGUGCCCGGGGGGUGGCGGUGACCCCACCCCUCUUCAGCCCCCCACCUGUGCGGAGAGCCAACCUUCCCUUCCCCCUCGGCCCCAUCCACAACCCCCAGCUGAUGUCUCUGCUGCUGGACACUCCAGGCAGUGACAGCAGCCUCAAGGAUGGCCCUUGUGGAUCGUGGGGGACAAGCAUCACGCCGCCGCCCACCUGCUCCUACUUGGAGGAGCUAGAGCCCCAGGAUUACCAACCCAGCAGCCAGCCGGGCCUGUUCCAGUUCUCCCAGGCUCCCCAGACCCAGCUUUUCCAACACCCCCAGCCCCAGUUUCCAUACCUGCACCCCUUCCCCUUCCACAUGCCCAGCUCACUGACCCCUCCACUGCCAGAAGACUCUCUCUUCACAUUGUCCUGUGGCCCCAGCGGGGGCACAUCCCCAGGCUAUUUCCCAGGCCCUGCAUCAGGACAGAACCUGCUGCAGCCCCCUGCCGGGAACGUGGGUACAGUGCCCUGGAGUGACCCCUGCUUGCCAGACCUGCCCUUCCCUGGUCCCUUCUGUCCGCCAGCUCUGGGGGCCCCCCCAGGAGGGGACGGCUACUUCCUGGAUCUGUUUGCAGCCCCCUAUGCGCAGGCCUCGAGCAGGCAGGCUUCUCCGGGCCCCGCCCGGCUGCCUGAAGGGUCCAGGCCUGGAGCCGGACCCCUGCUCAGCAAGGCCCCAGAGGAGCUGCCUGCCGCCGCUGUGGAGCUACCCUCAGCCCCUGAGGAGGGCCGACAGGAAGACAAGAAGAGCCACGGCCCCUAG